AUAAAAUUUAUCUUUCAUUCCGUUCAUACAGACGGAUGUUUAAUCUCGAUAAUUGACUUAGAAUAUAUAUUUCAGUUUUAAUCAUGUCACUUAAAAUUCAAUUUGUAAAAUGCACAUUAUGUGUUAUUUUAUACAUUAUAAUUUACGUUAUUUUAUUAAGAUUAAAACAGAAUUCUUAUUUAACACAAUAUUCAAGUUCAUUGUUUUUUGCAAAGUAUAAUCAAACAAAGCAAGAAUGUUCUUUAAUUUCUCAAUCUGUUAUAAAACCAAUUAAUUUAGAGAUAGAACUUUUAGAGUAUGAUGAAAUGAAAGGAGAAUCAAUUAAUUUGCAAGAAAGUGCAACAAUGUUACAACAAAUUUCAAAUGUAUGUAUGAAAUAUAAUUUAAAAACUCCUUUAAUAAGAAAACACUUUUUAUAUAAUUCUGAACAUAAAACAAUGUAUUGUUGGAUUCGAAAAGUAGCUUCAACAAGUUUCACAAAAUUAUUUGCAGAUUUAAAAAAUCGUCUACCCACACGAAAUUAUUAUAGACAAAUUGACAUUUUGGUACCACAAACAUUAAAGGAAUUAGAACUUAUAUCAAAUAACACAAAAAUAUUCAAACUUCUCGUGGUACGACAUCCUUUUCAAAGACUUGUAUCAUCAUAUAGAGAUCGAAUAGCAGAUAAUACAAAAUAUACUGCACAAGCUUGGAUUUAUACAGAAAAAAUAUUUCGUUUUACGAGACCUGAAUUGUUUCAUUCGAAUACGACAACUGGUAAUUUUCGAGAAAGAGUAUUUACAUCUGAUAAAAGAUUAAAGAUAAUACCAACUUUUAAAGAAUUUUUGGAAUGGCUUUUACAAAGUUCUGAAGAAGAUGUUCAUUGGAUUCAAUAUUAUAAACAUUGCGCUAUAUGUAAUAUACGAUAUAAUUUCAUUUUAAAAUUAGACGAUUAUACAUAUGGACAAAUAAAUUAUAUUUUCUCUAAAUUUGGUUUGGAUAAAAAUAAAGUAUAUUUUCCCAAGUUAGAGCAAACACGAGGUGGAUAUACAAACUUCGAUACUACAUGUAAAUAUUUUGCAAAUUUAACACAAGAUAUAAUUUUGAAAUUAUAUGAAAAAUAUAAAAUUGAUUUCGAAAUGUAUAAUUAUAAUGUUAAUCAAUAUAUAAAUUGUGCAUAUAAAAAAUAUAAAAAAUUUUAAUCAAAUAAAAUAAUAUAAUAUUUUAUAGUAAGAAAAAUGUAUUUAUUCGUUUUUGUAUAAAAAUGUAUACCAUAACUAUAAUAUAUAAAAUGGCAUACUAUAAA